ACUGGCAGGCAGUAGAGUGUUGGGGGGUGUAGCAGAGCUCUCCAGCACUCUCUCUCACACACACACACACACACACACUCUCUCUCUCACACACACACAGCUGGGCAGGAUGAUGAGGAGAGCAGCGCAGAGAGGAGAAGAGAAGUUUGCAGGCUGUGUGUAGCAGGCAAGGCGGGCGGGCGGAGGAUGGUGAUUGCACAGUGUGUGUUGUAGUGCAGUGGGGGGGAGGAUGGCAGAGGGCAGGCUGGUGCAGGGGCAGCUCCACUAUUCCGGGCACAGACAGGCAGCAGCGGCAGCAGCAGGAAGCAGCAGAUAGAAGGAGGAAUGCAGCAGCCACAUCUGACUGAGCCCAGACUGUCUGCUCACACUCACCGCUAACAUGUCUGGGACCCCGAUCUGCAACAGCACAAGGGCCCACCGGAGGACCUCCUUGCCAUGUAUUCCAAGGGAGCAGUUAAUGGGCCAUCCCGAAUGGGAACACAAGCGAGGCUCCAGGGGGUCUCAGUCUUCAGGUACCACCAUCACUGUAGAUAUCGCUGUUAUGGGCGAAGCUCAUGGUCUCAUCACGGACCUCUUAGCUGAACCUUCAUUACCGCCACACGUGUGCACUUCCCUGAGGGCAGUCAGCAACCUCCUGAGCACCCAGCUCAACUUCCAGCCCAUUCACAAGGCCAGGGUGAACCCCCUUGUCACCUUCAGUGAGAACUCUACAUGUUCCGACUCAGAGGAGGGCUCUGAGAAGGGGGAGAAGAUGACUAUACCAAAGAGGUUACGGAGAAGUCUUCCAACGGGAUUAUUACGCAGAGUGUCUUCAACCUGGACCACAACCACCUCCGCCACCGGAUUACCGACCCUGGAACCCGCGCCAGUGAGGCGAGACCGCAGUGGUAGUAUUAAGCCCACUGACACAACAUCCUUAAGCAGCGGCAGUUCUGACUCAUGGAACAAUAACCUUCUGGGAAACAUCAGUAAGAGCCGCUCCUUCUCCACCCCAUUCGUCCUGUCUAAUGUCAAUCACCUGAAUUCCAAAAGAAGGCAAGGUAUCCCACCCUCAAUCUCUCCGCUCACUUCUCCGUGUCACUCACCCAUUCAUGGCACGCCAGCACCCAGCCCCACGUUAAAGACAUUACCAGUGCAGUUCACAGAUUCCGAGGGCAGCCGGCUGGGUCUGAACCCACACAAAGCCUUAACGUGUUCCAGGAGUGCGCCGGAGAUUCCAGAGCCCGUCCCUGAAGUCACCACCACUGUAUGUAGCAGUUGUGGGCGGCCGUACAGCCAGGUGAAUCCAGCCGAGAGGACAGGAGACACAAAUGACAUAACACACUCUCAGAGCCGAGCAGAUGACCCAGCUCACACCACGUCAGACUACGACAGCACACAUGAAACCAACAACAGUGACAGCAGCGACAUUGUACAGAAUGAUGACGAGGCAGAGGGAGAUGGGACGCAGUCCAGGAAAAGUUCUGUUUGCCGAACGUUUCGAUCGGACAACAUCGACCUCCACACACUAAUAACAGCAGCCGAGGACAAGCCCAUCCUAGCCCCGGAGCCGCUCAUCAUGGACAAUGUAGAUGACCUUUUGGGGGAGGUCAACAACUGGAACUUCCCCAUAUUUGACCUGGUGGAGAUGACGGGUCAAAAGUGUGGGCGGAUCCUCAGCCAGAUGUCAUAUCGACUCUUUGAGGAUAUGAAUCUUCUGGACACCUUUAAGAUCCCCCUGAAGGAAUUCAUGAACUAUUUUCAUGCCUUGGAGAACGGCUACCGAGACAUCCCAUAUCACAACAGAAUUCACGCCACUGAUGUGUUGCAUGCAGUCUGGUACCUCAGUACACAGGCCAUUCCAGGUCUGCAGAAUGCUGUCAGUGAUCAUGGCUCAGCCAGCGAUUCAGAUUCCGACAGCGGCAUUACACAUGGGCACAUGGGUUACACUUUCUCCAAGAUGUACAAUCCCUCAGAAGACACGUACGGCUGUUUAUCAGGGAAUAUUCCGUCCUUAGAACUGAUGGCUCUUUAUGUAGCGGCAGCCAUGCAUGACUACGACCACCCAGGGAGAACCAACGCCUUCCUUGUGGCCACCAGUGCACCGCAGGCAGUGCUCUAUAAUGACCGGUCGGUUCUGGAGAAUCACCACGCAGCUGCGGCAUGGAAUCUCUUCCUGUCACGGCCAGAAUAUAAUUUUUUAAUCAAUUUAGAUCACAUGGAAUUCAAGCGGUUUCGGUUCCUGGUGAUCGAGGCAAUUCUGGCCACUGACCUGAAAAAGCACUUUGAUUUCUUGGCAGAGUUCAAUGCUAAGGUGAAUGAGGAGGUGGGGCCGGGGAUCGACUGGUCCAAUGAGAACGACCGAUUGCUGGUCUGUCAGAUGUGCAUUAAGCUGGCCGACAUCAACGGACCCCUCAAAUGUAAAGAUUUACAUCUGAAGUGGACAGAGGGCAUUGUCAAUGAAUUCUAUGAGCAGGGGGAUGAAGAGGCAAGCCUUGGCCUCCCCAUUAGCCCGUUCAUGGAUCGCUCCGCCCCCCAGUUAGCCAAACUUCAAGAAUCGUUCAUAACUCACAUUGUGGGGCCUUUGUGUAAUUCGUAUGAUUCGUCAGGUCUAAUACCAGGCAAAUGGAUUGAGGACAGUGAUGAGUCUGAGGAUACGGAUGAUCCGGAUGAAGAUACUGAUACUACAGAGGAGGAAACGUCUGAUGCCUCAGAAACGAUAACAAGUAUGUCCUCUCAGAUCUUCUGUUGUUUCAGAGAUGCCUUUUGGGGGAUAAGUUCAGGGAAGGAAAAGAAAAAGUGUAAAAGAAAAAUCUACUGUCAGAUUACACAUCACUUGAUGGAGAACCACAAAAUGUGGAAGAAAGUGAUCGAGGAGGAGCAGAAAAUGGAGGCUGGUGAGAAGGAGCUGUCCGAGCCAAUCCAGGCCAUCCGGGAGGAGGAGGAAGCCAAUGCCAAACAGGAGAAUUCAGACGGCGAUAGCGAUGAGUGAGCGCCGUAGCGCCAGACGCUAACCGACGCUGCUCUCCAGCCAGCACAAGCUUAGACACGACACUGUAGAGAUGACGACCAUGUGCCUCCACCCGUUUCUUGUGUUUUUCUAUAUACACGAGGAGAUCCUUUUCCGAUCUCGUUAUACUCAAGGAUGCUACGGCACCGCUGCACAACCGUCUCCAGAGACUAGACACAUGGGACUGCCAGGAGACGGCGGGACAGCCGCACAUUUCAGAAAUCUAUAUUUAAUACCUAUAUACCUAUGUAUGUUUCUUUUUAUUAAACACACACCUGCAGGAGAAGUGUGGGGACGUAUAUAUAUAUAUGUAGCUGUACAUAUAUAUAUAUCUACAGUCACUGUGAACAAAAUGAUGUCUAGACUGAAAUAGUGCUUAUCAAGCACAUAUAUUUUUAAAGGGAACUGUCACUUGUUUUAAUAUUUUUUUUAAUCCUUCCUUUCAAAACCUCCCGUCCAAUGGUGGCCCCCUUCUUGUAUUAACCCUGCUGGCCAUUCCUCAGUUAACACAAGAUGGAGACCCUGACUCCCCCGCAGGCCACACCAUCCAUUCUGGGUGUCCUUCUGAGUGGCGGAAAACGUACCCACCGCACAACCCGCUCUGCACUUUUAUUUCAUCGGCAUUUCUAUGAUGACUUUUUCACCAUCCAAAAGAAAACGUAAACCUUUUUCAGCUAUAAAAGCAAAUCUUGAAAAAUUGUCUUAUAGAUUGUAAAUAUUUUUAAUUAUUGUGCCAAAACAGUUGUGAAAAAAUAACAAAUCUGCUUCCUGAAUUUGUUUUAAAAACAUUUUUUUUUUUUUUUUAAACGUGAAAAUUCGAUAACAUUUUUUUACAGGAUUUGUUCUGCCACUCUGAAGAAUACCCAAUCCCUCACCCUGCUUCAUGAUAUAAAGACAGAAUUGCACCCAUGGGCAAGAGGACCUGUUCUGUAUCUCGGCCAACUCAGGGUAGACCAUUGUAAGAGUUCUGAAAAUACACAUUAUUUUACUCUAA